AAUGCAAAACAGACUUACAAAAGAGCUUUAAGACUUGACCACAGGUAAUCCUCUUGCAGGAGUCCAAAUUACACCUGAUCCUAAUAAUAGAUUAUUGUAUAGAUUCAAUAUAUAAAUCAUAGAUGGACUGCUAUUGUUGCAGGACCAGAAGGCACAGCUUAUUAAGGAGGAAAGUUUAAACUCUCUAUCACCUUUCCAGAGAAUUACCCUUUUAAGGCUCCCUUCUUUUAAUUUUAGAGUAAAAUAUUCCAUCCAAAUAUUAAUGAAAAGGGAGAAUUUUGUGAAGAUAUGAUAGAAACAAAGGUAUUUUGAUUCAUUCAGGAUUAGGAAUAAUGGCAACCAACAAAAACUGUUAAGUAAGUUUUGGAAAAGAUCUUAAAUAUCCUCGGACAAGUCAAUACUGAUUAAUCACUUAAUAAUUAAGCAAUGGAGAUGUAUAAAAGUGACAAGAAUAAAUUUGAAGAGUUUGUAAGAGCUGAAACAAAGAAGCAUGCUUCUUGAAUUAUCAUUAGUAUUAUUCAUUGUAAAACAUUAAUCUAAGACACUCAUUUAAUUUAUUUAUUUAUACCAAUUAUUAUUCAUAUAAAAUAUAUAUAAGUAAGUUAUAUUAAUUUCUAGAAAAAAAGUUCUUUUUUAAUUGUAAAAUAAAAUUAUUUUUUGAAUUACUUAAUCUCGGAAAUGAUUAGAAUAUAAAUUAAGAAUGGAAAAUAUUCUUUUAAGAAUUUCAUCAAUACAUAUAGCUUUAAUAAGGCCAUUCAUCCAAUUCAUAAGUCUUAAAAAAAGGAUACAUAUCAUCUCAACGUCCUGCUAUAUUUAAGCUCUUAAAAAUUUUUGUGAGAUUGCUUCUGCCCUUUUUGCGGAACAUUAUUUUAGUAUAUAAUUUAUAUGGAACCUACUCUACAUAACCAAAGCAUCAAUUUAAAAUGUAAUAAUUACUUCUUAUGAAUAGCAACUUUUACUAAGACUUUACUUCAAAACGAGUUAAAGAAAGAAGCAUAGGUGAAGCAUACUUUAGAGUACAAUAGUGGAGAUAUUUUUUCAGAAAUGGAAUUUAAGAAAAUGGAAUUUUAAAAAAGGUUACUUUAAAAGAGGCAGCUGAUUUAGUGUAAGUACCUAAAAAGACUUUAGAAGAUUACAUACAAAUUUUUAAUAAAGCUAAGUUACUUAUCAAUAUUGAAGAGAUUUCUGAAAGAAAGAUGGGAUAUUUAAGAUCAUAUAUGAAAAAAAAUAAAUCAAAAAUUAGAAAAGCUAUGAUUCAUGAAAAACAAAAAAUAUUAUAAGAAAAACUCUAAAAGUAGAAUUAAGAAGAAGUUUAUGAAAAUACUUAAUAAAAUAAAAAUGAGGAUGAAUUAACAUUUACUUACCCAAAUAUCUAAAAUAAUCUACCUGAUAAUGGCGAUUAAGUAAAAUAAGGCUACUAUUAAGAUGAUGAUUGGGAAUACAGUAAUUAAUUUUUCAAUAAAAUAUGUCUAAAUCACCACUUUGAUUGA